UUUAAAGUUGUUUGUGUCCGAAAUCACGCAUACGCAUAUUUCAAGUUAAUCAUCCUUAUCGUCUUCCAUCAACUUAUUUUUUUAUUUUUAGCUAAAAUAAAAACAUUAUCCCUUCUCUCUCUCUUUCUCUCUCUUCUGCCAUUGCUAUUCCUACGAUUCUCUGAGUCUGUGAUUUGAGGAUCCAACCCAAAAGUUGAUGAGACAGAACCCCCCAGAAGCAAAAAAGCAACGUGAUUUCCGACCAAACCGGUAAGAAAGUUUCUUGAUUUUUUGUUGUCUGGAGACGACACGGCGAUGGAAGUAAUGGCGGGAGGAGGAUCUACGUUCUCCAUCGAAGACUCGGAAGAACACGGAAGCGAUCUGCCGACGACGAUGAGGAGGGUCAAAGCUUCCUCCUCCUCUUCCUCUUUCGAUACCGUGAACGAUGAGGGAGCCGGUUUGAGUCGUGUCGGAAGCGGAAUCUGGUCAGGACAGACGGCGGAUUAUUCGUCGGAAAGUUCAUCGAUCGGAACUCCGGGAGACAGCGAGGAGGAGGACGAAGAAAGCGAAGAAGAUGACGAUGGCAAAGAGCUAGGGCUUCGAGGAUUGGCUUCGAUGAGCUCUCUCGAAGAUUCUCUCCCCAACAAAGGGUUAUCGAAUCACUACAAAGGGAAAUCAAAAUCGUUUGGGAAUUUAGGAGAGAUCGGGAGUGUGAAAGAAGUGCCAAAGCAAGAGAAUCCGUUGAAUAAGCGUAGAAGGUUACAGAUCUGCAACAAGUUAGCAAGAAGAUCGUUCUACUCGUGGCAAAACCCUAAAUCUAUGCCUCUUUUGCCUGUAAACGAAGAUCAAGAUGAUGAUGAAGAGGAGGGAGACGAUGGUGAUCUGAGCGAUGAAGAGAGAGGAGGAACAAGAGGAGUUGUCGUUGCGAGAAACUCAUCGUUCAAGAACAGAGCAUUCAAGUCUAGGAGUUGUUUUGCUCUAUCAGAUCUGCAGGAAGAAGAAGAUGAGUGAUUUAACCAACAAUAAUGCAAAUCAUGAUUUUUUUUCUUCCUUUGUUCAUAGUUUCUUUUUUUUUCCCUUAUCUAAAAAUAUAAUUUUUAUUUUCGUCGAAUUAAUGUUUUUCUUUUUAAUUCGGGGAAUUAAUUAUUAUAUUAUGUCGAUUGGGAGAAAAGUAAUCAACUGCGUUAGUGUUUGUUCCUUUC